AUGUUGACAUCUCCACUCUUGCUCUCUCUCACCCUCUUCCUCUCCCUCCCUCUCCUCCUCUUCCUCUCCCCCCGUCUCCUCCUCUCCCCUCCCGACGCUGACGACCUCGCCCUCUUCCGCCGCGCCUCCGCCCCCCACACCACCUCCCACCUCUCCUCCACCCCCAAAAUCGCCUUCCUUUUUCUCACCAACACCAACCUAACCUUCUCCCCCCUCUGGCAAACCUUCUUCUCCCACUCCCACAGCCACCUCUUCAACAUCUACAUCCACGCCCACCCCGCCAUCAUCCCCCCCGGCGGCCCCUUCCCCCGCGCCCGCUUUAUCCCCUCCAAACCCACAUCCCGAGCAUCCCCCUCCCUCAUCGCCGCCGCUCGCCGCCUCCUCGCUGCCGCUCUCCUCGACGACCCCCUCAACCUCUACUUUGCUCUUCUCUCCCAGCACUGCAUCCCCCUCCACUCCCUCCCCUUCACCCACAGCUACCUCUUCAAAAACCCCACCUUUCCCCACCGCAGCUUCAUCGAGAUCCUCUCCCACGACCCCAACCUUCACGCGCGCUACGACGCGCGCCCCCCCAUGCUCCCGGAAGUCCCCUUCUCUUCCUUCCGCGUCGGCUCUCAGUUCUUCAUCCUCACCCGCCGCCACGCGCGCCUAGUCGUGCGUGACGUCCGCCUCUGGAACAAGUUCCGCCUCCCCUGCCUCACCGAAGAACCCUGCUACCCCGAAGAGCACUACUUCCCCACGCUCCUCUCCAUGGAGGAUCCGAAUGGCUGUACCGGGUUUACCCUCACCCGGGUCAACUGGACCGGGUGCUGGGACGGCCACCCCCAUACCUACACCGCGCCGGAGAUCUCGCCGGAGCUUAUUCACCGCCUGAGGCGCUCUAACUCAAGCUAUGUUUACCUCUUCGCCAGGAAGUUUGCGCCGGAGUGUCUCCAACCGUUGAUGGGUAUCGUCGAUGACGUCAUUUUCCGGGAUUAA